GCGGCGUAUAAAAACCAGCUUCCUAAUGACACACAGACACACACAUAUAUAUACACACACAUAUAUAAACACACACACACACACCACUCUUGCAUCUGGUCAAAACCAAGGUCUUCAUUUUGAAAUUUAUUUUGGCAAGAGAAACCCAAUGAAGCAAAGUAACUCCUAUAGCUGUGUGAUAGAUGGGGCUGAUUUGGCUACUGUCAACGUGUUUGAAUGGGUUGUUCAAGGUGAUUUCUCAGCACUGGAUUACCUGAGCAAGAAGAGUCCGACUCACCUGAGCUCUAGGGAUGAAAACGGAGCAGGACCGAUCCACUACGCUGCCGCGAGUGGACAUUUGGACAUUAUUCGGCUCAUUGUGUCCAUUACAGGACCUGAGGAGUUGGAUGUUCAGGAUGCAGAAGGCCAAACUCCUCUACAUGCUGCUGUAGAGAAAAAACAGGAGUCAAGCUGCUCCCUGUUGCUAGAUAUGGGUGCCAAUCCAAACAUUGUAAACGCAGCCAUGAUGGCACCAAUUCACUUGGCAAUCAGCAAAGAAUACAAUCACAUAGUAAAGGUUCUUCUGUCCUGCAGUCGGACCGACGUGAAUCUGGAAGGAGAUUUGGGAAACACACCUAUAAUGCUCGCAUGCUCCUACAAUAACUGUGAAGCUCUUCACACACUUUUUAAAUACGGAGCCAAGCUGUGUCGUCAGAACAAGCUGGGGCAUUUUGCGAUACACACAGUGGCUUUUUCUGGAGCCAAAGAAGCAAUGGAGGUGAUUCUGCAAAAAGGAGAGGAGCUGGGUAUUUCCACCCUUACACACAUAAAUUAUUUGGAUAAAUCAAAGAGCAGCCCACUUCAUUUAGCCGUACGAGGUGGAAAUACAGACGUGAUCAAACUUUGCAUCGCUAAAGGCGCAAAAGUGGACCAGCAACAGUGCGACAAGUCCACAGCGUUGCACUUUGCCUGCACGCAGGGAGCGAUGGAAGCCGUAAAAGCCAUGCUUCUUCCUUAUGAGAAAAGAAUUGAUGAAAUCAUUAACAUUAGAGACGCAGCCAAUCAGACGCCGUUACAUAGAGCCACGUUAUUCGAUCAUGUGGAACUGACUAAAUAUCUCAUCUCAAAGGGAGCCGACAUCAAUUGUGUCGACUGUAAGGGUUUUACCCCUUUACUCCUGGCUACAACAAGCAGCGCAUGGAAAACUGUUUCAUUCUUACUGUCUAAAGACGCAGAUUUUAGAAUUAUAGACAAAACUGGACGGAACUUCCUCCACCUUGCCAUCUUUCAACCAAAAGGACUGAAAAAUCUUCCUGAACAUAUCCUACAGAAUAAAGAAGUGUGGGAGCUGAUGAGCGAUGAGGACUUUGAAGGCUGCACUCCUCUACACUACGCCUGCAAACUCGGCAUCCACGACUCUGUUAAAAACAUGCUGGGGUUUGAAAUCUCCCUGGGCCGCAAGUCGAAGGAGAAAAAAUCGGCGCUUCAUUUUGCUGCAGAAUACGGACGUAUAAACACGUGUCUCAGGCUUUUGGAGACGAUCCAAGACUCGCGUCUGCUAAACGAGGGAGAUGAGAACGGACUGACACCGCUCCACCUGGCCUCUAGAGGGGGCCACGUUAAGGUGGUGGAUCUGCUGCUCAGGAGGGGAGCGCUAUUCCAGAGCGAUUAUAAAGGCUGGUCGUGUUUACAUCACGCUGCGGCUGAAGGAUACACGCAAACCAUGACCAUUCUGCUGGCAGCAAAUAUCAAACUGCUGGAUAACACGGAUGAAGAUGGGAACACGGCUCUGCACCUCGCCGCACGUGAAGGUCACGUGGCAGCUGUAAAGCUCUUGCUGAACCAAGGAGCUGAAAUCCUGCUGAAUGAUAAUCACGCCUCGUUCUUCCAUGAAGCUGUACGCAGUGGGAAAAAAGACGUUGCUAAUGCUGCUAUUGAGAAUGAGAGGUUAGCAGAAAUAAUACGUCUGUUCAAAAUUGGCUACACCCGCUGCCCUGUGCUGGAUUUAAUCGAGUGUCUACCUGAAUCGACAAAGCAUCUUCUGGAUCAGUGUAUGACUGAAUCUGAGCAUGAUCCAAACAGCACUGACUACCAUAUCACAUAUCAUUUCCGGUGGCUUCAAGCUCCACUGAAUGUUCAGAAAUCUCAAACGGACAAAGCUCUUUAUAUUCAGCCUCUGGCAGCUCUAAAUGCGAUGGUUCACUACAACCGGCUUGAGCUGCUCACACACCCUGUCUGUCAGAAAUAUUUGGGGAUGAAAUGGAAAGCAUACGGAAGUAAAGCUCAUAUGCUUAACCUGGCCAUGUAUCUGUUAGGACUUUUGCCUCUCACGUAUCUUGUCAUGAACAUGAAACCUACACAAAUCAACACGACAAAUGGCACAACCUUCACCAUGGAGAACAUAUCCUUCAGCAAUCAAAACUAUUUAAUUUCAGUGUCCAUGCUGAUGGUCCUCAUCAUGAACAUUUAUGCCAUUUGCAAAGAGGUGAUACAAUUGACACAACAGAGAAUGAGUUACUUUUUGGACAGCUCAAACAUAUCGGAUUGGUCGACCGCCAUUUCUUCUAUUGCUUUCGUUACUCCAAUGUUCUUCGGUGUGGAAGGGAAUCUGCAGUGGCAGGCUGGAGCUUUGGCGAUUUUAUUUGCCUGGAUCAACUUUCUUCUUUACUUCCAGAGGUUCGAGCGCUUUGGUAUUUAUGUUAUAAUGUUUGGAGAAAUCACCAAGACACUUUUGAGUGUCCUCGUGCUUUUCAUCUUCCUGUUGCUGGCAUUUGGAUUGUCCUUCCAUGCACUCAUGCUUCAUCAAAGCGAGUUCCACUCGAUUGGUCUAUCAUUGGCACAGACGUUUGUAAUGACAGUUGGAGAGCUGAAUUAUGAGACCUCAUUUCAGGAAGCAUACACUCAGGGACUUCUUCCUUUUCCUGCAGUCACCUACUACGUUUUUGUGAUGUUCAUUCUCCUCAUGCCAAUCCUUUUCAUGAACUUGAUGAUUGGUUUGGCAGUAGGGGACAUUGCUGAGGUUCAAAGGAACGCAGCACUGAAGAGGAUCGCCAUGCAGAUUGAACUACAUACUAAUCUGGAGGAGAAACUGCCAUAUUGGUUCAUGAAGAGAGUGGACAAAGGUAGUGUCACUAUCUACCCGAACAGGAAGUGUGCCAAGUUUCAGGGAAUGUUGGAGCAGAUUAUUGGGAUGAGUAGACCAGAAGGUGAAUUGCGCACUCGUUUAGUUACUCAGGUGGCGUACUCAGAUCCAUUGGAGGCAGAACUGAUGAAGCAGAAAUCCAGACUGAAGCAGAUUUCUUCAGCACUGGAGAAACAGGACAUGUUGUUGAAGCUCAUCAUACAGAAAAUGGAUAUCACGACAGAAGCAGAUGAGAACGAUGGACCAGAUGAUUUCCGGUCCAUCACCACUGCAAAAUUACAUAAAUCUCGCUGGGUUCCUUUGAUGCAAGCUCUUGGGGUCAGGAAGUCACAGAUGACAUGCUGAUGAUGUGGAGAGCUCCUUGAAAUCUCAGAUAUGUCUAACAAUAAAUGUCUUCUGGUAGAAAUUUACAGUAAGGGCUUUACACAUUAAAAUGUAAACUAUAAAAUAUUGUAGGAUUUAGUUUAAGGAAAUAUAUUGAACAUUUAGCAUUAAAUCAUAUGAGCAGUCUCUAAAAUGACAUUUUAUUAGUAAUCCUUUUUAUCUAUUUACAGUGAGGAGGAAUACAUAUUUAGUAGUCUUUUGACCUUUUUACCUAAAUAUGAUUAAAAACUUUUAUGUAUUCUUAAGCAAAAAGAUAUGUUGGAUGAUGGAAAUUGAUGAGUAAAAUGUAUUUAUACAGCAUUAGCACUUAAUAACAUCAACACUUAGAAAUUGUUAGGGUCAUUACGUGUCAAUUCACACAGAGUUAUUGUUACAUGUGUACGAUUUGCCAACUGCACCAUAACAUGGCCACACUUUCAACACAAUUUUACAAUAGUUUCAAGAAUCCAAAGUCAAAAAAUAUAGCAGUUUAAGCACAAACUGUAAUUGUAAGCACGUGUCUUCUUUAUCAGACAGUAACAUAUUUUUCAGGGAAGUAAAAAAUAUAUGAUGUUGGAAUUCCAAAAUAAUCUACAGAUUUUGGACAGUACUGUAAUAAUUUGAUCACAGUGUUUACUUUUCCCCCUCUAAAUCUAUUUGUUUUUUAAACCUAGGUUUCUUUAUGUGUACUUUCUGGUUCAUAUGUAUUUGUUUCAAGUCCAAAGUCAACAUCUAGAU